AUGGGUGGCAUGGACACACAACUGGCGGGUGCUGCGAUAGUUAGCAGUGGUCUGGUGAUAGCGCUAUCGUUGGUGAUGAUCGGUGUGCUCUUCCAAGAUAUCAACUCGAUGUACGAUGACAUUAUGCUGGAUAUGGCCGAAUUCAAGGUGAUCGCCAACGACGCGUGGAAAGACAUCGCCGUUGUUAACCACAGAGCACCGUCAAGUGACUUCGACCAGCUGUUCGCUCGUCAAAAACGUGACGCGAAGGCGUGCAAUUGCGCGCAACGUUCACGACGCUGUCCUGUCGGUGCACCGGGUCCAAAAGGAGCUCCAGGAGAAGCGGGCGCGAACGGAGCCGACGGAUUAGCCGGACUAGUGGGGAAAUCCGGUCUUAUUGAGACCGCUCGGUCUCCCCCAGGAUCCUGCAUUAAAUGUCCACCUGGACCACCAGGCCCUAUGGGACCACAGGGUAUUCAAGGACCCGCCGGGCCAAAUGGAUUCAUUGGAGCACCAGGUAUCGACGGAAAACCUGGACAACAAGGACCAUCUGGACAAGUGGGAGAUAGUGGUUCGCCUGGUAAGUGUAUUUUCGAUGCGUUGGUCUGGGCUCAGAAUGUUCGGAACAAGAGAAAAAUUCGAACAAUUCCAUAA